CCAGAAGCAGCGCAGUUCAUUUUCACGCUGAGUCUCUCACAGAGAGCUUCAUGGAUUUUUGGGGGCAGCCAAGAGGGUCUGGGGCCUGUAACUUCUUAGGAGUCCCAGUCCUCAGCUCCUGGGACGUGGACGAUGAUGAGGGCGAGGUGGUCAUCGGCAUCAGGCCCAAAUCCUCUCCUCUCCCACGGAGAAAGAGCUCUGUGUCUGAUGAGGACUCGGAGCCUGAGCCUCCCAUGUGUGGCUCCAGGAGAGUUUCCUUCGCAGAUGCCAAAGGCCUCAAUUUGGUUCAAGUGAAGGAGUUCGACACGUGGGACGUGCCCAAACUGCCAGGAUACGACACAUCUGAUGGGGAAGGCAAUGAUGAAGAUGAAUACAUUCUUUCACCUCUUAAUUUUUCCCUCCCGUUAUUAACCGAGGAGCUACUGACCAAGGUCCAGGAGCAGAAAGUAGAGCUGGAAAAAAUUGAGUUACUUCCAGGGACCACAAUAGUAAAAGGGGUGGUGCGCGUCCUCAACAUCUCCUUCACUAAGGCGAUAUAUGUUCGAACAACUUUGGACUGCUGGUCCAGCCACUUUGACCUCCUGGCUGAGUACAUCCCUGGUUCCAGCGAUGGGCUGACGGACUGUUUCUCAUUCACGCUCACUUUGUGGCCUCCAUUUCGGGAAGAGGGGGCCAGAGUUGACUUUUGUCUGCGGUAUGAAACACCUGUGGGGACGUUCUGGGCCAACAACGCCAACAAGAACUACGUGCUGUCAUGUUUCCGCAGAACAAAGGAAAACGAUCAGCCACAGAAGGAAAACGUGAACAAGAAAAGCUGCCUCAAGACAGCCAGUUCGAACUCCAGCGUGGAAAACAGUUCAGGAAAGGAGUCGUCAACACAGGGAAAUAUUGCAGCAGAUGUGUCCAACAGUGGACUAGAGGGUGACACUUUGAAAUCUAAGAAUGAUCAGUCAGGAAUGUCAGAGGAACAUGGACAGAAAUUACUGAUUGAGAGCGGAGUAAACGACAGCCAAAGGAGUCGCAGAAAGGCUGCACGGAUGGCCCGGGUGAAGGACUACUUUGCUCAAAGAAACGGAGACGCCAACAACGCAGAUAGAGACGAAUCACCUCCAGGGGUACCACAGGCAGCUCGAGAAGAAACCCCAAAGGAAAGCCAUACAGAUGUGCAACUGUUUGCUGAGAGCAACCGCAAACCAGAAGGUUCCCAAGCAAAGUGCAGCAAACCCCUCCUCAGUGUUUCACAUGUUUUGUCACCAGCACUUGACCGAACAUCUGAGAACAAGCCAGAGAAAUCUGAGAGCAUUGCUUUCACUGCCUCAGUCACAUUAGCAGAAGGUGAGAGUGCCACGGACAUCCAAGAUGACCUGUUUGAUAAUUUUGCUCAAGCAGAACAGCAACAUACCAAAUCUCAGGACAGUAGUCAGGAGGCAGACAUGGGUCAUGAAUACAUUAGCAGAACAGCAGUGAGAAAUGAAAGCCUUGUUGGCCAGACCAGCAGCUUCACAUUUGGCACUGUGGUGGCUCCGCUGUAUCACCAGGUGUUUGGCAGAGUGGGAAGUGAAAGUCAGAGAGGAGCUGGCUGGGAAAAUCCUGCACAGGCUACACUGAAUAUUGGAGGCUUACAUCCUCACACUGGCAUGAGACAGAUUAGUUGCACUGUUUCAACAGAUAUUAAAAGUAACAAUAGUAAAGCACUUCGAAAUGUGAUUAAUAACCAGAAAUCAAACCAGGAAUGCACAGACAUAGCACCAUGCAAUAAUCGUGUUGAAGAAGAAGAAGAAGAAGAAGAAGAAGAAGAAGAAGAAGAAGAAGAAGAAGAAGAAGAAGAAGAAGAAGAAGAAGAAGAGGAAGAAGCAAGUUUAAGUCUGACAUUAAAUGCAGAGACUCUGCAGGUUCUGGCUGGGACUGAAAAUACAGACCGGAGAUGCACAAGCACACUUAAGGGUUCACAAACUUGUUUAGAAGACACAUUAAGCUGUCCUCAGACUGUAAACAUUUUAUCGCAAGCAGAUUUGUUGAAUCCACAAAUACCGGCUGAGAGUUUACAUCCCUGGGGAGAAGCACAGGAAGACAGUGUAACACAUGACCCCCAAGGCCAAAUUACAGCAGAAACAACACAGUGUCCACUCCCAGAGAAUCCAUGUACACAUGAUAAAACUAAUCUGGAUGAAACGCACGCAAAAAGCAAUACACAUGAAGUCAGGACCAGUCCGCAAACAUCAUUUGUAAAACCUGAAAGCUCUGGGGACCUGCUGGGACAUGUUAAUGAAGAACCUGACCAACAGAGCGCCGACUUAGAAGAAAAACGCCAUGAAUGUGAGUUAAUCAAAGCUCUGUGUCCUGGUAAUGCAUCUUUUAGUGAGGUUAAACCAUGUGAAGACUUGCAUAAGUUGAAUUUGCACCACAAUGACAAUUCAGUUACAAAAGCAACUGUUCCUGACUGCAAACUUGUGGAGAAAUCAGAUUUCACAACACCCGAGACACUUCUGGAAGCUCGAGGAGAAACUAACAACAUGGGAGAAGGCAGUAGAAUGACACACGGCUCACUCAAAGAUGAAUCAAAAUCCUCUGGUGAAACUGAGGUAACAGGGGAGUUGGCUGAAUGUGUGACUACAGAGACACAGGAAAAAACAGAGCAUUGCAAAAUCAAAGCUAAAGAGGAGGCUCUCUGUUUAGGAGAAAUCACUGAAGUGAAGGACUGGGAAAUGAUGGUUAAAGAAGAAGAAAACAACAUUUUAAUACACGAAGAAGAAAGGGGGAUAGUAUAUUUAAAUCCGGGCGUCUGUGAAGUAAGAGAAAAAGAAAUUGCAAAUGAGGAAUUUGUCAAGGGGAGGGCAGUGACAGGAGUAGAAGAGGACAGCGAAACAAUCGGAGAGGCUGUCUCUGGAGAAGAUGGUGCCAGUACUGAGGUAGAAUGUGCUCAAGUCAUAAAGAUGAACAAAACAGGUGGAAGGGAAGAAUUAACUGAGGAGAACCAAGUACAAGAAACAGAGGGACCAGUAGAGACACAGCUGCACACAAAAAAACACUUUGCAGGAAAAGAGGUCAGUAUUGAAUGGGCACACAUCCAAGAAAACAAGGAGAUAAAGGGAGAUGGGAAAAUAAACUUGAAUAAGGAAGGUGAAGGCGGAGCAGAGUGGGAGAAAGAACCAAAGGAGGGAAACGGAGAGGAGCUGGAUCCACGUUACGAAUUCCUAAAUUACAGAGCAGCAGAGGCGGAGCUUGUAGAAUCACAUUCACGUGUGGCGAAACAGGAACAAAAAGAUCCAGAACUGUGUUUGGAAGAGAAGUUAGAAAUUACAGGAAGCAAGGAUGGAGAGGUUUUAUCUGCUCUGGUGCACAGUGGGCUGAAGGAUGGCGACGAGAGCGUACCAGUGAAAGAGAGUAUAGGAGAAGAGCAAAGUGCACACAUUCAAACUGAAAAACAAUGUCUUCACACCACAAAAGCUCAGUCAGAAGAUGGAAAUGGUUGUGCCGCUGCAGAGGGGGGCGCUUUAACGGAUGAACCUGAAAGUGAUCAAACAAGCCAGGACAGCGCUUCGGCAGAGUCGGACUCGGGCGAUGAGGUGGAGCUGUACAUGCACUGCCUGAGGGCCGUCGGCACAGGAGGAUGGUCCCACGAAGACAAGAGCACUGUGAGCAAAAGGCCCCGUCUAAGCAGAACCAAACUGCUGUCUGCCACUAUGCCGCCCAUCACUGAAUAUCACGAUGAAGAACAACACCUCAGUUGCCUUCAGGAGAAGCUUGAAGACAGCAAUGCCGCUGUUUCCCCUGCAGAGGAGCGCAUGGGUCAGAGUGUUUUGUCCUGGACAGACACGUUUUCCUGUAGCAAUAUUGCAAAAUCACUGCUAUAUGCAACCCUGCUGGUGGUGUUUUUAGUUGUGGCAUACCAUUAUGACUUUUUUGCCUGUUUGGGCCUCUACUUGAUAUCUCUGGUUUGGCUCUGCUGCCAAGAAGAGAAGUAACCAGUUAAAAAUGACAACACAAUGGGCUGAAUUAAAAUGUAAUAAUAAUAAUUAAAAAAACAAUCUGUUUGAUUUUAAAGGUUUUCAGAGUGUACAUGGUACUGAUGUGAUACCCAAUUCUUCUUUUCUAUAACCAGUGAUGACUAAUGCAUGAUUUAGACUGAUUUUUGCAGGAGAUCUAUGCUGUUACUUAUACUGUAAACUCCUUUAACCCUGCACCAUAACCUUCCGCGCAACCUGCUGCAAGCCCACCGAAAUGUAACUACAUGUCGGGGUGUCGCAGCAUCGACUCGAACAGCGUGGAUGGAUGUGGCGUAGGGGGAAAAGGGGCUUCCGGUUACAUCGUGAGUUAGGAAGUAGGUUUCCAGCAGAAGUCCAAAUUAAGCUCAAGAAGACACAGUUAGGCAGAUAUCACACACGUUUGCUGUCAUAAGUCAUUAUUCUCAAUGCUUCACUGUACAUAAAACCUACAUUACAAUGGUUACAUUGAUCAGUUCUGCAGCUUUUUCAAGGUGAAAUACACUACUCACUGAAGCUAAUGAGAAUGUUUAAUUUUAAUUUUAAUUUUUCG